AUGCGUCUUCCUUGGGCUUACCAGAUUCCUCUGACUAUUUUUCUUGCAAUACCUGGAGGUUUCUGCAUAGAUGCCUCCCGCCCGGCCUGGACUAAUCCUGAAGGAGACUCGACCCCUAUCAAGUUAACGCCGCCACCAGGCUAUCACCAAUUCUGUGGCAACAUGAUUCAUCAGGGUGGUGUGCAAACGUUUGAGUUCUCAAUAUACCGAGGACAAUGUACCUUGGUUCCUUCAACACCGUGCCCUCCAAUGGGGAACGUUUUGUUAUGCAAGUCAUAG